AUGAUGCAGGAGCUGGUGGCUGGCGUGGAGAAGCUCAGGUUUGACUCAGAGGCUGAUGUGGAGGAGCUUGGAGCUCGGCCCCUGCCCUUCCCAGGGGUGGACAAGGCUGUCCCAGGUGUGCAGGGCCACCCCCGGCACGGCGGGGCCAAGCCCGCGGUGUGCAAGCAUUGGCUGCGAGGGCUCUGCAAGAGGGGCGAGGGCUGCGACUUCCUGCACGACUACGACGCCACCAGAAUGCCCGAGUGCUAUUUCUACUCCAAGUUCGGUGAGUGCAGCAACAAGGACUGUCCCUUCCUGCACGUGGAUGGCGCCGCCAGCACCGUGGGCUGUCCCUGGUACGACCGCGGCUUCUGCAGGCACGGUCCCCUGUGCAAGUACAAGCACACGAGGAGGGUGAUGUGUGCCAACUACCUGGUGGGAUUCUGCCCGGAGGGACCCAAGUGCAAAUUCGUGCAGUACGUAUGGGCGGGCUGGGGGGGAAAUCCCCUCUCUGAGGUGGCUGUGACCCUUGUAGGGUCAGGGACAAGGAGCCAAAGGGUCUGAAUUAACCAAACCCCACACCCAGGCUGUGCUGCUGACAGCAGGGGACAGCCCUGGUCCCCGUGGAGGUGCCUGGACCAGCUCCAGGACACCCCCGAGGGGCCUCAGGAGGAUCUGGGGGCACCACAGGGAGUAACUGCCUGUUCUGUGUCCCCUCCAGCCUCAAGGCCGGCCUCAUGACCAGCAGCACAGACCCAUCCAAGGUGAAGCUGCUUUCCCUGUUCCUGUGGGGGUGAUGCCCCAGCUGCCCCCCAGCUCCUGAACUGCUCCUCCUGCCCCCCUUUUUUCCCCCCAGGAAGGUGGGUGUCCAUGGGGGCUGGUACAGAGGGAUCUGGCUGCUGCAGAGGUCAGGGGAGGUGAGGAGGUGCCACCCAAGGAGCCACCUCCCCGUGGCAGCCAGCACCUGGCAGCUCAUCUGUGGGACACCAGUGGCUGCACCCCGAGCACACAGAGCCUGCUGGAGGGAGGCACCUGCUCCAAGGUGAGGGAUUUUGGGGAAUGGGAGGGCUGGGAGCAGCAGUCUCGCCUUGGAGGGAGGAUGAGGGGCAGCAGGGGCUGUGGGGAUUCCUAGUGCUUCCCAAAAACUGUCUCUUUGCCUGGAAAUGUCUUUUCUUUGUGUUAUUUGGCCCUGUCCCCCUGGAGCUGGGGUGGGAACCAGCAGGGGAAGGGAUUUCAGUGGUGAUACCACUGGGAACAACAAAUCCUCCUGGCUGAGAGGUUUGGUGCAGUUGGAGGUCUGGGGGUGCUGCUUCCAUGAUCCCAUUGGAAAUGGGGUCAAAACCAACACGUGGCAGUGGCUGAUCCAGCACAGCCCCAUUCCCUGUGCCCCCAGAGCAGAUCAGUCAGUCCCUGUGGCACUGAGAGCAGGAGGACACGGCUGGAAGUGCUGCUGGGGAAGUGACUCCAGUGCUCCCACGAGGAUCAGGGAAGGAGGAAACCACAGAACACGAUGGACACGGCACCAAAGCAGCUGCUGGAUGGAAAAGCCAGCGGGGUUUGCCCAGCACCAGCUCACAGUUGGCACAGAAAUCACUUCAUGCAAUGAAAUUUGGGACUUCCCACAGCUGGCUGCUGCCCUGGCACUGCUGGCUGUGGGCAGGCUGGGACAGCAGCAGCAUUCCCAAGG